AUCGUGUAGUGUCUGUAGUGUAGUAGCAGUGCAAUAUGUUUCCAAACUCGCGGUGACGUUAUUAUUUAUUUAUUUUAUAAAUUCUUGUAAGAUAAUAGUAUAUUUGGGUAUGUUUAACUCAAAAUGUCGGAAGAAGAAACAGUGGAUAUUGCGAAAGAACUUGAUGACUUACUGACGAAAGUACAACCAGACUUGCAAGAUGUUAUCAAAAGAAGUUUUACUAACGUAGCGCUUCAACUGGCAAAAAAUGGAGAACAAAUUAUUCGGGAUACGCUGGAAGACACUUCUUACUUUGCAAAGAACACCCAAGUCAAUUUAACAGCUCUAGAGCUGGUAAAAUCUCCAACGUUCCACAUGCAAGGUGUAUCCUUGGACCUCAAGUCUAUGCUUCUGAGUCUGCGCUGCUCCCUCGGCGAGGUCAAUGUUAAGGGCCAAUACAGUGCCUUUAAUGAGAACCUUUAUAACCUCAUUCCUGUGUUGUCUGAAGGACAUGUUGUCAUAUCGCUAUCCAACGUGACGGCGGACGUGAACGUGGGGCUGAUCGUGGACGACGAUGCCUUCUCUUUCAUCAACCCCGGCAUCGAGUUCUCGCACGAUGAAGUUCUUGUCAAGCUGUCGUGGCCUUCGCCUCAGCGGAAAGGCGGCUACGAGUUCGUCACCACCGAGCAACUGGCCAAACAUAUCGAUGACCUACCGCUGUCGGCGGCGGUGUCGCUACCGCUGUUCGCGCUAUUGCGACAAAAACUGCAGCGACAUCUAGCGCGAGUGCUGCGGCAGAGCACCAGCGUCUCCGAGGUCAUGUGCUGCGACCCCAGUCUGCAUGAGGCCUACUGCGAAAUGGUGAGCAACCUGGCUGCGAAAGGCAACAAGGUGAUAGAUAUGGUGCUGAUCAACAUGCGGCGCACUUUACUGCAGACGCGGACGGAAGUGCUGGAACUACCGCCCUUACACGCCACCUUUAUGCACAAGAUCGGGUCAAUAUCUUUCAUCGGCAAGUUCGAGACGGACGCGGGCUGGGUGAAGAACCUGGCCACAGUGAACCGCGUGAAUGACGUCAGCGUGUCGCGACCCGAUCCCAUCAAGACCUGCUUCAGCGUCACGUUGCGGAUCAAGGACUUGCAGAUCGGCUACGACGAAUACCGGAUAAAGGCACUAGGCGCGUCUUGUUCAGGACGAAUGGCGGCGGCGUUCGGCGACAACACACUACGAUUAGAACUAAGUGUGGGGCUCGCGCGGUGGGAGCCCUACGCGCAGCUUCACGACCUGCGCGUGCUACACAUGGACGGCAUGGACCUGCACGCGACGGGGCUGGGUCCGCUGGCGGGCUCGGCGCCGCUGUCGGCGUGGGCGCGCGGCGCGGCGGCGGCGCACGCGGCGCCCGCGCUGCAGGCGCAGCUGCGGCACGAGCUGCACACCGCGCUCGCCGACCUGCCGCUGUGGGACCUGCUGCACGACCAUUAGCACGCUGCGUAUGCUGAGACGCAGGCGACGCACUUCCACGCGGCGCAGGGCAGAUCAGAUUUUGUAAAGUGUGGAACGUCCUUUAGCUACGUACGCUGCGGAGCAGGCACGUGCGACGCGGACGUGUCUGUUCUGAUCUGCGCCUCGUUGUAGUGCCGGCGCAGAUAUCUGCGCGACGCGUGCACGUCGAGACGAUUUUUUUUAACAAUAUUUCAUAGUUUACCCCCCCCCCCCCCCCCCCGAAAACGAAUUGUUGCCAGAAAUAUUAAAUUUAAAUUUCCGAUUGCUAUUCACAAAAUGUAUAGAUUUCCUAGGAAAUGUGUCUAAUAUAAUUUAUUUCAUCACUUUGCCAAAUACUUUUUCUAAGCUUUGGCAAACUGUAAAGCGGCAACCACUCGUUAAGUUCACAAUCAGAUUGACUCUGAACUUAUUUUGUUCGUCAAACGUCUACUUCUUGUAAUAGCUAGGAAUGGUCUGCGUGGAGUGGAGCUGCGUCGCAGCAUGCGGAGGGGGCCUAUGUCUGUCCCGACUGCCCUGCCCUGCAAAAUCUGCAAAAUGCUUUGCUGCGUCGCCUGCGUCCCAGCAUACGCUUAGCCUUAGGACCGUACAAGCGCCAUACUUGCUACCUAGGGGCUCAACAAGAUCGAAACGCCAUUGCGUCAGUGCGUCACCCACCAAACCGCAACAAUUGAAGUUUUUUAAUGGUUAAAAUAUUAAUAGUACUUUGGCGCGUCGCCACGAUUGUAAUUGCAAGUGCAUAUAAACCCUUAAUAUGUAUACAAUCCCUCUGUUUUCAAAACAAAUAGAGGCUGCUAGAAGUAUUUUAAGGCUUUAGAAAGUGCAUCCAAGUCAAAUUUGCGCCGCUAGCGCACUACAUGAACUACAUGCUAGUAUAAUACAUGCUAGCAUUUAGAGUUUACAGCAGACCUAAACCGCCUGAACGCACCUUAAGAUUUUAAGUAGUUCCACUGCUUCAAAAGUUCAAGAAUCGAUUGGAUAAAGAAAUCAUUUCGGAACAUUAGGUACACAAUUUUAAUAGUACACGAAUUUCUUGUAACAUUUGUUAUUUUUGUAGAUAUCUGUAAUAGUAACAUUGAGUAAGUUGUGUUAUGGGUGUGUUCUAUACGUAUAUGUAGUCUACGUUUUAUUUACAACUGCCGUUCUGUUAUACGUUAGGUAUAUUUGACAGUCCGAACCCUUAUUCUAGUUAAUUAUUGCUGUAUAUUUUGUGGCCUUAUAUUUUGAACUGACACAUUUUUUUCAUACCUAAUUACCUAUUGUAUUUUCUAUAUUUUUGAAUAUAUGUUCUUGUUGGUUUUGUUUUACAUUAUGGAUAUACAUUAUAGAAGGGUUUUUACAUUUUUGUACAUGACUCAUUGCUGCUAAGCUCAACUUUUGUUCAUAGUGAUUAUAACAAUUAUUUAAAGUUUAUAGUUUAUUGAUAGUAGCAAACCAAUUGAUUUUAUGUAAAGAUAUUAUGUACAUAUUACAAUUUAGUCAAUUUCUAUAUCGAGAUCCAACAGUGCUGCUUUUUUUAUAAGCCUGUGUGCAAAAUAUUUUAUUUUUCUGUUUUGAGCUCAGUAAUAAUUAAAAAGCGACUGAAUAAUCUGUAUUAAAUUUAAAGAAAUAUUUGGUAUUGCAUGGGUUGUGAGACUUGCGAGUGCCUUGUAUAUACUCGAAGACUGUUGUAUUAAUUAACGCGACUGCUCCAGAAAGUAGCGUUUUUUAUUAUGUUGUACACAUUGUUGAAUAAUAAAUAAGUACAUCACAAGUA